UUCCGCCGAGUGUUGUUGGUGCUAAUCCUGAGAAUUUGACUGUUGUGGUGAAUAAUUUCAUCUCACUGACUUGUGAGGCCACUGGCUUUCCACCUCCUGAUCUCAGCUGGCUCAAGAAUGGAAAACCUAUCAGUUCGAAUACCAACACUUUUAUUGUGCCUGGUGCUCGUACUCUGCAGAUUCCCCGAGCCAAACUACCAGAUGAUGGUGAAUAUACUUGUAUUGCCAGAAACCAAGCUGGGGAAAGUCAGAAGAAGAGUUUCCUAACUGUCCUUGUGCCCCCAAGCAUCAAAGACCAUAGCGGAACUUCACUGACAGUGCUGAACGUGCGAGUGGGCACCCUGGUGAUGUUAGAGUGUGAAUCCAAUGCUAUUCCACCACCAGUCAUCACCUGGUACAAGAACAGGCACAUCAUUUCAGAGUCUGCAAAUGUGGAGAUCUUAGCAGAGGGGCAAACGUUACGGAUCAAGGGUGCAGAGGUUUCUGACACAGGCCAAUAUGUGUGCAAAGCCAUAAAUAUUGCAGGGCGAGAUGAUAAAAAUUUCGAUCUUAAUGUUUACGUGCCACCAAAUAUAGAAGGCCCUGAACAAGAGCUGAUCAAUGAAACUAUCAGUAAUCCUGUUACUUUUGUGUGUGAUGCUACUGGAAUUCCUCCACCAACAUUAGUGUGGCUUAAGAAUGGAAAACCAAUAGAAAACUCCGAUUCUCUUGAAGUUCAUAUUUUAUCUGGUGGAAGCAAGCUUCAGAUCGUUCGCUCUCAGCUUCCAGAUAGUGGGACCUACACAUGUAUUGCGUCAAAUAUAGAGGGAAAAGCUCAGAAAAGUUAUGUGCUCUCUAUCCAAGUUCCUCCUAAUAUUGUUGGCUCUGAAAUGCCUAGUGAGGUCAGCGUCCUCCUGGGAGAAAGCAUCCAGCUUGUCUGCAAUGCCAAUGGAGUGCCCACGCCUGCUAUGCAGUGGCUUAAAGAUGGAAAAACAGUUGCCAGUGACGAUUUACAAAGAAUAAGAGUAACUCCAGAUGGCAGCACAUUAAACAUUUUCAGAGCUCUCAGUUCUGAUACAGGAAAAUACACUUGUGUGGCUACUAACCCUGCAGGAGAGGAGGACCGAAUUUUCAACUUGAAUGUAUAUGUUCCUCCAACAAUAGCCCAUAAUAAAGAUGAACCAGAGGACCUCACUGCCCUUCUGGACACCUCCCUAAAUAUUGAAUGUACUGCUACUGGAACCCCACCACCACAGAUAAACUGGCUAAAGAAUGGCCUUCCUCUGUCUGUCUCCUCCCAAAUCAGGUUGCUGUCAGCUGGGCAAAUUCUCAGACUUGCCCGAGUGCAGAUACCUGAUACUGGUGUGUACACUUGUAUAGCAUCUAACAGGGCUGGAGUGGACAACAAACAUUACAACCUUCAAGUUCUUGUGCCACCAAGCUUGGAUAACGCAGGAGGAACAGAGGAUGUGACUGUAGUAAAAGGCAGUUCAGCUUUGAUGAAGUGUCUUACUGAUGGCACUCCUGCCCCUACGAUGUCCUGGUUUAAGAAUGAACAUCCUUUAAGCCUUGGAGCUCACCUGACAUCAAGUAACCAAGGGAUGGUCCUUCACUUGGUGAAAGCAGAGAUUGGUGACACAGGCAAAUACACUUGUGUAGCCUCCAACGAAGCUGGAGAUAUCAGCAAGCACUUUUCCCUAAAAGUGCUGGAGCCGCCUCACAUCAAUGGCUCAGAGCAACCAGAAGAGCUCUCUGUCAUCGUUAACAACCCUCUUGAGCUUCUCUGCAUCUCUUCUGGCAUUCCAGUCCCCAAAAUCUCAUGGAUGAAGGAUGGCCGCCCGCUUUUGCAGAAUAAUAAUGUUCACGUCCUAAGAGAUGUCCUUCGAAUAACCAGCGCUCAGGUGGAGGACACAGGCAGAUACACGUGUUUGGCAUCUAGCCCAGCAGGAGAUGAUGAUAAGGAAUAUUUAGUAAGAGUGCAUGUUCCUCCUAACAUUGCUGGUACCAGCGGUCCACAAGACCUCACUGUGUUGCAGAACAGACAAGUUAUACUGGAAUGCAAAUCUGAUGCUGUGCCACCUCCAACAAUCUCGUGGCUUAAAAAUGGAGAACUUCUAGAGGGGGAUCCCUUGCUCCUCCUGCAUCCUCUGAACAAUGCUAGAAGCCUUCGGUAUACUCCUGAAUGGCUUCCCAGGAAAG